CAUGAGGACCAGUGCAGAGGAGACACGACUGCUUUAUGGACCUGAGUGCCUCGCCCAGAGCUUUUCCCUUGCCCCAGACAGCUAGCUUGUACUAAGCGAAAUCCUCUCUCUUUCUCUCUUUCUUUCCCGGUGACUAUAAAAGGUCCCUCUUAACAAAGAGUACAUUCACGCAUUUCUACCUCAUGUAUCCAGACCAGGACAAUGGAGGAGGAACUACUGUGUGGCGUGUGUCGUGAAGGAUACAAGGCGGGGAAUAGGGAGCCAGUGGUGCUGCCCUCGUGUGGCCACGCAUUCUGCCGGAACUGUUUGGCCAAACUAGAAAAGGACAGUGCUGAAUUGAUGAGCUGGUUUUCGUGUCCCACCUGCAGAACGCCUCACGAGUACCCGCCUGUGAACUCUCUCCCUCCAAUAUUUGCUCUUCUUCACUUGGCAGAGAGCUGCGGGAAGGCCCAAACUCAGACAGAGGACGAGAGGAAGUGUGAGUCCCAUGGUUCCGCAGUGGAGUUUUGGUGCUCUGAGUGCCGCGUGGUGCUGUGUGGACACUGCCUGUUGGAGGGCCACGUGAAGGAGGGGCAUGACGUGCAGGCGAUGCAAGACUUUGUAAGCAAUCAGCGACGUUACGUACAAAUGACGGGAGCAAGGCUGAAGUGGGAGAUGGACCAAAAACAGCGGAAACUGCUCAGGGAAGUGGCUGGCCUGGUGACGCGUCUAGUCUGUAUCGCCCACCACUCUCAAGUCUUACACGACCUUGGCAACAGACUAGCCAGGAUACAGGAGGAGGCUGCCCAGACCGCCACCAUUGAGGGAAUACUGCUGGCCGCCACGCUGAUGGGAAGCCUGGAGUCUGAGGUGAGAGCCACGCUGUCAAAAGAAGCCUCCCCAACAAAACAAAUGCUUCUCAGAUGUAGAUCCUGUACCGAGGCCACCAAAUCCUCUCCGGCUGCGGACUUUCGACAAAAAUGUGUUUCCGAGUCAGAAUGUGAGGAGGCAGCAGCGAAAACACAGGCCUAUCAGGAGGAUUCCGGAGUUGCCAAUGUUCCGGCAGCCGUAGGUGGCGAGGAGAUCGUGCUGACCGAGAGAAACAUUUCCCUUCUUCAAGAAGAAGUUGCAUCAGAGAGCGGGUUCAGCGAGGAUGGGUACCACGGCCUGUCUGGCGAGGACAGUGAAGGGGAGAUACUAGAGGAGCUGCCAGUGACAUGCAGGGAGUGGACGUGGCCUGUGCAGUUCAGGGUGACGGUGUGCGACGGACGGAAUGGCAGGCUGAGUUGGGAGAAUGGCCGCGUGCAUGCCUACGCCCUGACCAGUGAGGACGCGCCCAGCCACCUCCACUUGCAGCUACCGUUUUUGAGGUCCCUGAGACUCGACACUCAGCCUGAGGUAUUUCUGGACGUGGGUACGGAUGAGCGUCUCUUGGGCCGCGUGUACAUCAAGCUGUGGAGGCACCUGCGCCGCGCCCACCUCUUCCUUAGCCUUUGCAUGGGCACUUACGGACCUUCUUACCGCGGCAGCAAUUUCCACGGGGUCGCCAAGAAGGGCAGCAUGGGUGAGACACUGGCCGGGGGCAGGUACCUCACAGAUAACGGAGGCGUCAGCGUGCAGAGCCUGAUGGAGGGGCUGGAGUGGGAGGGCCAGUACAUGCGUGAAAAGAUGGCCGGGCUGGUUGUAGCCGCCAGGGCGGGCACUCCGGAACAGGACGCCUUGUUUCACAUCUGUACGCGAGAUGAUCCUGGUCGCAAGUUCGCUUGUGCCUUCGGGGAGGUGAGCUCGGGCAUGGAAGCGGUGCACGCCGCUGUGGCUCUCCUUCCAUCGCGCAGCGUCAAGAUCAUCGACUGUGGCCUCGUUCUGCCUCGCCUGUCACGUGCGAGGGGCGGCAGUGACAGUCAGCCUUGAGUACACUGUAUAUUGAACCAAUGGAAAAUUAACAGAACAUCCCACUGUACAUGCUGCGGAAACCUGAGUGUACCAUGCACAUUGCACAUAUCUGCCUUUUUUUUUCAGCCCUUUUGUUGCCUGAGACCAGUGUCCUUUUACUACAUGAAGUUAAGAGUACAAUAUGAUAUUGAAUUAUUUAUAGGUAUACUUUGUGUUAAGAAAUGGGACAUCUUGUUUGCCUGUAGCAUCAGUGUAUGAAACACAGUAUUCAUUAAUACGUUAGUAGUUAAAAAGUCUACCUUACCUACAUAUGCUUGUUAACAAUUUUAACACAUUAUACUAUAACUAAUCACCUACUAACUGCAUGCUGUUUUUCUUGGUGUUAACCACGGAGUACACGUAAUGAUAAUUGUAAGUAACAGACAAAAGGUUGACACGUUGGUGCUUGCAAGUGUGCCAGCGUUCAAGGUAUGAUGACGUACCUGUGAACGUCACAAAGGGAAGAAAAAGGCUAGUGAAAAAGUGAAAGCAAAGGUCAGACACAGACAUGUGAAGUAUGAAGUUUGAAGAGCGCUAUGUCAGACCAUGGUGAGUGGAGGCUUGUCUGUGGACUGAUUGACAACUGUGAUAAUGAUCAUUCUCUUGUGUAGACUCAACUCCCAAUGACAGACGAGAAUAUAAGAACUAUAACUAUCUUUAACAGAUGAGGAGUGUGAGAGAGCAGUGACUGCCAAUCAAAUAACAAUUCAUAGAGAGUUUUCAGAAUGUUGUAGACUGCAUGGAUGAAAUGGAGUACAAAGGCUAAUGAAGCAGAAGUCGUUUAUAAUUAUGAAAUAUAAAAAAGUAUUUGUCCUCAUAA